GAACGUGGUGUGCCUUUGGAUCCGAGUCUGUUGAAAGCAGGUUUCGAUCGAAUCGAUGAGUGGUGGCCAUGCUAUACGACAUUCAUUUAUGGACACAGCGAUUGUCAUACGUACGUUCAGAAAUGUCAAAAGGAGCAUGAAUUAUUCAAAGAAUUCGUUGCGUGGGCUGAGUCACAAGACACAAUGCGACGUCAACGACUGCUGGAUGCGUUAACAAAUCCGAUGCAACGCCUCACCAGAUAUAGUCUCCUUUUGAAAGCAGUCGUCAAAAACAGUACUGAUGAUUCAGAACGAGAACUUAUUCAGGUAGAUUUCUGA